GCCCCUUCCACCCAUCCCAGUCGACGGUCCCCAGACUCCACUCCCCAAUCCCCAAUCCCCAGGGCAGCCAACACUCCACCACUCUACGCCCCAGGUCCAGCCAGGCAUGUUCCGGAUCAGUCACAUCAUGUACGGACGAGUAUCGCCUCUGAUUUCUGGUAACCCUCCUGGUGCCUCUGGAUUCACAUAUUGCUGGGAUCGGCUUUUAGCCAGAUUAAUACCCCAUGCAUCCUAUCACACUACACUACACUGCUAGUGAUUAGCCAUAAAGCAAUAGAGCGCAAUCAGCGUGGCAUAAUCUGUUGGUCUUCAUGGUGACCUUUCCAUUGUCAUGGGCUCCAAGCAAACCGGACGCUCUCCAGCAGCGCACUGAACCAUCAGAGCCAUCAUCUCAACAAGAGUAAGAGAAAUAGCGACGGAAGCUCUGGAUAUGCAACACGGGCCGUGGAAUUGUUCGAAUCUGCCGAUUAAUACCUCAGACCCUUCAACGUAGGGUUAAGGUUACAUUUGAACUGUAAUCAAUCGCCCGUGUUGAGGGUAUCGUCCCGCCUCGGUUCUGGAUGACUUUGAUGUGGCAACCACAUUCGUUUCUUUAUGCUUGACGACAAGAACAAUGUCCUUGCGGAAUCCCUUCCCGAACGUUUACAAGUUCUUCAAUCAGUUUGCGGAUCCAAACCAGGCCUCGCCUGAGCAGUCCUCGCGAAGUCAAGGGCUGCGAAAGAGCGGUCCUCGCUCGAAGACUGGCUGUACCACCUGCAAGUAUGUCUAAUUUUCCCUUUCUAAAAUCGGAAGAGUUUCUUUUGUGGUCUUUGCAGGUCUUUUUUGCAGUGGCUCUUACUGAUAUACUCGCAGGCAGCGGCGGGUGAAAUGCGACGAGACAAAGCCUGGAUGUAUUAGAUGCCAAAAUCUCGGCCGAGAAUGUGGUGGUUACAACACAGUUGAAACCGACGCCGAGAAACAAGUGACACCGGUUGCCAUCCACCCACGGCCGGUAUCUGUCAUGCCAUACGCACCAUCGACGGCAAUCCCAGGAACUCCCGAAGAACGACGGUUCUUUCAACGAUUUUGUGACAAAACUGCCGGAGAAAUUGGUGGGGAGUUUGAUCCAACAUUUUGGACGGAAAAGGUUCUCCAGCUGUGCCAUUCGGAUGCACCAAUUCGAUUCGCUACCAUAGCCCUAGGUGCUCUUGCAAAGUCGUUGGAGGUAACCUCCUUCCCCACACGUCUAUCCCUCUCUGGGUUUCCCCAAAUCGACCACCGCCAUAUGGAUGAACACCACAGCUACGCCUUGCGACAAUACAGUAGAGCAAUUGGUGCUCUAAGGACGUUGUUAUCAGACGGAAGACGACACUUGAGAAUAUCUUUGACAUCUUGUGUGUUGUUUAUGACGUUUGAAGCACUCCAGGGUAGUUACGAUGGAUCAUUAACGCAUCUUCGGGGUGGGUCGAGGCUGCUGGCCGAUUGGAGAACCGCACGAAAAGGCCAAAGUUCAAGGUUAUCACAAGACUCAUUGUCACAGAUUCAGGAUGGACUGGUGGAUGAUUUGGGACGAAUGUUUUCUCGGCUCGACGUUCAAGGACUCUUCAUACCACCGCCUUUCCCAAUGCCCGAGUGCGACUGGCAGGACAUCAUCACCACAGAAUCAUUCUCCAGUAUCCAAGAAGCUAGAGAAUCAUGGGAUUUUCUUAUGCAAGGAAUUGCACAAUUCUACCUGAAAUCGGUUGGGCAUGCUCAACAGGACCCUGACAUAUUAAACUCAACAUUUUGGCUGCAACAACAUGGUCACUAUUCAAAUCAACUCAACCAAUGGCGAGCGGCAUUCCAAGCGGUCUAUGCAGGAGAGAUCAAGAAUGGAGCAGUUCUGACAGACGCCACCAACAUUCUGAGCAUCUACUACAACCUCGCGACGGUUCUACUGGCAUCUAGUGUUGAGCAUUCUGAGAUGCUGUAUGAUGAGUUUACAGCUCUAUUUGCAGAAAUAAUAGCCAAAUCCCAAGCACUUAUCACGAAACCUGAUGAGCCCACCAACACCGCUCGCUACACUCUUGAUAUGGGAACGGUACUUCCGCUCGCUAUCACAGCAAUAAAGUGUCGUGACAGGAAGUUACGACGAUUAGCAAUUCAAUUGCUAUGGUCAAAACCACGACGAGAAGGAUUAUGUUUCGAUACAAUCACGGUUGCUCGUCUUUGUGCUUGGCUAUCAAGUAUCGAGGGAGAAGGUAUACAAGAGGACUCGGAUUCGAUUCCUGAGGCGGCAAGAUAUGUGGUUACGUAUUUACAUAUAAACUCCGAAGAACGGUGGCUAGCGGUACAACUCACUUCAGCGGUGACGAGACUGGAUGGCACGUUAUCUUACAAAGAGACGACAUUUUCAUGGUAGCACAACAGAACAUGAUUAUCAUUUUUGUCAUUGGAUAUGAAUGCAUUAAGCAUGGCGAAUGGCGCAUGGCACACCGAGAUUAAAUGCAUACUCCGAUAUGCAGAUCACAAAGAGGAGUAGCUACAUGCUCACAUGCCUCGUGGCUGUUAGUUCUCGGUACGGGUAUUGUUUUGUGAUGCAAUACAACGUUCAUAUGUGUUUAUGAUGCAUCAAUGAUGGAUCGACACACCAUCUCCGUCACACUUAACGACCAGGCGUCCGAAGCUCAAAAGGUCAAGGGAGUUUAUUGAAAUGAGAAAUGAUGGGAAGAGGCGUGGGGUAUGGCGGGGAACGACCUGACUUUGAAAGUCGCCUUGUACGAAUAUGGGAUUGUUAUAUUCAAGAAUCACUCAAAUAGCAGUGAUCUGAGGACCAGGCGUUUAGGGAACGAAUGAGGGGUUGUAAAAAGCAGUGCAUUCUAUU